AUGGCCGGCCGCCACACCGGAGGGACCCCGUUCCUCGUCUCGCCGGAGACGGGGCACGCCAUGCCCUGCUCCUCCGACGCCUCCUACUCCUUAACCGCCACCGGCGACGGCGAUGGCAAGGAGGCGGCGGCGGGCGACGCCGGGGCGGAAUUCGUGCUGGAGUCCAAGGGGACGUGGUGGCACGCGGGGUUCCACCUGACGACGGCCAUGGUCGGGCCGACGGUGCUCACGCUGCCGUACGCGCUCCGGGGGAUGGGCUGGGGGCUGGGGCUCGCGGCCCUCACCGCCGUCGCCGCGGUCACCUUCUACACGUACUACCUCAUGUCCAGGGUGCUCGACCACUGCGAGGCCGCCGGCCGCCGCCACAUUCGCUUCCGGGAGCUCGCCGCCGACGUCCUCGGAUCUGGAUUGGUGUUCUACCUGGUGGUCACCGUGCAGACGGCGAUCAACGCCGGGAUCACCAUCGGCAGUAUCCUCAUCGCCGGCGACUGCCUGCAGAUCAUGUACACGAGCUUGGCGCCAGAUGGCUCCUUGAAGCUGUACCAUUUCAUCAUAAUCGUCGCCGUCGUGCUGUCCCUGUUCUCUCAGAUGCCGUCCUUCCACUCGCUGCGGUACAUCAACCUCGGCUCGCUGAUCCUCAGCUUCGGCUACACCAUCCUCGUCUCCGCCGCUUGCAUCCGGGCAGGUAUGCUGAGCAAUGCUCCGGUGAAGGAUUACUCGUUGACUCCGUCCAAGUCCGGGAGGACCUUCGACACUUUCCUGUCCAUCUCCAUCCUGGCCACCGUGUUUGGCAACGGCAUCCUACCGGAGAUCCAAGCCACGCUGGCGCCACCGGCGGCCGGGAAGAUGCUCAAGGCGUUGCUGCUCUGUUACACCGUGAUCUUCUUCACCUUCUACCUGUCGGCCAUCUCCGGCUACUGGGCCUUCGGCAACGCCGUGCAGUCCAACGCGCUCCAGAGCCUGAUGCCGGACUCGGGACCCUCGCUGGCGCCGACGUGGCUGCUCGGCCUCUCCGUGGUGCUCAUCCUCCUCCAGCUCCUGGCCAUCGCGCUGGUGUAUUCGCAGGUGGCGUAUGAGAUGAUGGAGAAGCGGUCGGCGGACGCGAAGCACGGAAGGUUCUCGCGGCGGAACCUGGUGCCGCGCGUGGCGCUGCGGACCGGCUACGUGGCGGUGUGCUCGCUCGUGGCGGCGGCGCUGCCGUUCUUUGGCGACAUCGUGGGCGUGAUCGGUGCCGUGGGGUUCAUCCCGCUCGACUUCGUGCUCCCCGUCGUCAUGUACAAUGUGGCGCUGGCCCCGCCUAGGAGGUCGCCGGUGUACAUAGUCAAUGCGGCAAUCAUCGUCGUGUUCACGGCCGUCGGGGUCAUCGGCGCAGUCGCGUCCAUUCGAAAGCUUGUGCUGGACGCCGGACAGUUCAAGCUAUUCAGCGACCACGUUGUUGACUGA